GGAUUUUAUUUUUUAUUUUUCUGUAUUUUAAAGUGCAUCCAUCAUACCAGAUAGACGUUGUCAUCCAAUUCAACAAAGCCAGCCGCCUUAAGUUACCAGUCAAUUUUGAUACAAAUAUAAUGACAAAUUUAUUUCAAAGAUACUCUUUCUAGCGAAGAGAGUUAAAAUACCUUACAUAUUUCGUAUUUCUAAAUUAAAACAACAUAAAAUAGUUGUAUACUCCAUAAUUGCAGGCAGAGUACACGUAUCUUCAACCUCUCCAUUUCAAAUCUUCUGGAAGCAGCAGUACAAUGAAAAUUCAGUUAUAUGAAUCAAUAGCACAGCCAAAGUCAAUAAGGAACAAAAAUAAAGCACACCCAUAUAAAAUCUUACAUUCAGUUUUAAAAAUUGACUGAUUUGGAUUUUUUCAUUUGAAUAUGAUUAAUUUUGUUUUUUUUUGAGCUUCCAGAUGUUUUGGGUGUCUUCAAUCCUCCUUUGGUUUUUUUAAUUGUCUAUAUAUUCAACAUUGACUGCAUGCGUUUUACUUUAAUACCCGUGGAUGAGAUCAAACAUACUCAACAAUUUUUUUUUUUAUAAGAUAAACCUGGUUCAGUUAUCAAGGUGUGUAUCCCAAAUUUGUGUUUUCUUGCAAGUUUGUUCAGCCUUCUCAAGAACUGCAAAACCACCGGAUGUUUUGCUUUCUGUUUUUGAUUGGAAUAGAGCAUCCAAUUUGUAAUCUGUAUUGCACUUCUUCUUUGAUAAGAUUUUCGGCACAGAUCACUAGGCUAUGGUGAUUUGCUUUCUAAAGAUUUAGAAGGAUGGUGCAUAUUAGAUGGAUGUCAUGCCUCAGGGUGACUUAUGUGCUGCUUGCCUUCUGUGCAGCACUUUUUUUUGGAGCUUUGAAAGGGCUUUUAGUGGGUCCUAUUGCAGCCUUGCUGCUUAUAAUAGGGAACACCAGCAUCAUUUUGGGCUUAUUUCCUGCACACUUGGCAUGGACAGGAUACAGCAUUGUAAAGACCCCUUUUUGUGCCUUUGGUCUCAAAAUAAUCAUGUUAGUAGCUCUUCCGCUAGUAGGUUUCAUGUGGUUGGCCAUUGGCAUUGGCGGAAGCUUAUUGAUUGGGGUGGGCUAUGGCUUUUUCACUCCAUGGAUAGCAACUUUUGAGGCCUUCAGGCUGGAGACAGAACCUAGGAGGUUCAUUCAUUUUAUAGUGGAUGGGACAUGGAGUACAAUCAAAGGAAGUUGCACAGUAGUUCGGGAUUUCUUAGAUAUGUCCUAUCAUUCCUACAAUUCAUACUUAAAGGAGUUACGUGAGAAAGAGUCAAGGACUUGUGAUAUGAGGUUGAUGGAAGUACCUGCUUGCAUUGUGGUGGGCUUGAUGGGAAUUAUAGUCGAUGUGCCUCUCUUCACUGUUGUUGCUAUAAGCAAGAGCCCUUACCUGCUUCUUAGAGGUUGGCAGCGUUUACUAUCUGAUCUAAUAAGCAGAGAAGGGCCCUUCUUUGAAACUGCUUGUGUGCCCAUAGCUGGCAUUGUCAUUCUUCUCUGGCCGCUUCUUGUGAUUGGGAGUAUCCUAUUAUCCAUCUUCUCCAGCUUUUUUGUCGGAUUGUAUGGGGCAGUUAUUGUUUAUCAGGAAAGCUCUUUCUUGCGGGGCAUGGCUUACACUAUUGCCAUGGUAGCAGAUUUUGAUGAAUAUACUAAUGAUCUUCUAUAUCUGCGGGAGGGGUCCUGUUUUCCAAGGCCCAACUACAGAAAGAAGAAAAUUUCAAAGUCCUUGGAGCCAUCAACAAAAUUUGGCCAUUCUUCAGAGGUUUCAGUUAAUUCUCAAUUCUUUCGAAGGGCUAAUGCUACUGCUGAGCAUGAGAUUGUACCUAACCUUACUGCUUCAAGGUCAAUCAGAGAAACAAUUCAGGAAGUGAAAAUGGUUCAGGUAUGGGAAGGCAUUAUGAAAAAUUGUGAGAUGAGGGGCAAAGAACUUGUGGAUCUAAAUUUUAUAACAGCUGCAGAUUGUGAGGAAUGGAUUCGUUCGAGCACAAAUGUCAAAUGCACAAUUAUUGGUGUUGGGCUUCCGUCUUAUAGCAUGUUCUUUGGCCUUCUCCAUAGCAUAAGAGCUGGAACAGUUGGACUUCUGAUGGUUGAUGGAACAGAAGUCACCUACUUCAAUCGUCCAAAGGAUCGUAUUAUGGACUGGUUUUUUCAUCCAAUAAUUGUCUUAAAAGAUCAGAUUGAAGCCGCUAAGAUAAUAGAUAGUGAAUUACGGUUUCUAGAGAAGCUGAUACUGAUGUCUGGUGGCAACUUAGAGCGUAUAGAAGCAUGGGAUAAUGGAGCUAUUGCUCCAGACAAUGCCAUGAGAAAUGGGGAGAUACAAGCUAUCAGCAGAAGGUUACAAGGGCUGGUGAGAAAUAUGUCCAGAUAUCCAACAUAUCGGAGACGCUACCAGCAGGUUGUAAAGGCCCUCCUCGUUUAUGCAAGAGAAAAGGAAUGUGGCACAAAAACACGAAAAACUGGCAGCACCAGAGGCUCCCGGAAAGAGGAGUCAUCUCAGCAUUUUACAUCCAUUGAGAUCACUUCAAUUGUUUAGAAUUCAAAUGCUGUUUGAGAUGACUUUCGUCUGUUCAAACAUUGGUCCUGCUUUUUCUGAAUUCAAGCCAAGCUUCUCUCCAGAGUCCAUACGGAAGCUUGUUAAAUAGAUGCCAAAAAUGUACAAAGUUCAGUUCCAGUGAUCAUUUAAGGCUGAUUGGUGCAUGGGUGAUUUCUAAGGGUUGAUCUUGGAUUAAGAAUUUUUUGACUGUUAUUUAUUUGUCUGUUGUAAACGUGUGUUGACAAUUGUUGUUGUUAGUUGCUUAUGGUUUUAAUAUAGGUUUAGUACUCAGUAUUUAUUAAAAUCACACGUUUAUAGAAUUCUAUCAGUUGUGGUUAGAUGAACAGGGAAAGCCCUGUAACAAAUUAAAAAGUAAAUCUUACCAAUUGUUUGAGAGUUAUGGAGGUCCUAAGCUUGAUAACCACUUGCUAUUGUAAUUAUAUGGGGUUUUGGAUAGAAUGAGAAGAGUCUUCUCAUUCUGACCGAGUUCUCGCAGUCACUUAUUUGCUGUUUGGUGAGCUGGGAAAUUGUAUACUUUGUAGAAAUAAAAUGGAAGAAGCUAUUUUUCUUUUU